AUGUCCUUCUUCCGUGGGCCUCAAUCACCUCGCGAGGAGCCAUAUUCCUCCAAUCCACUCUCCCCGCCGCAGAGAAACGCAAACCCGAACCGAUGGAGUGCCAGCAUGGCGGGUAUGAGCGACGUAAGAGGAGCUUUGCAGAGAAGAUUUACAACGAAUACCGUUCCAACACUGUCGCCAAUUGGACAACAACGGAGACAGGCUGCUGGAGAUGUGCAAAUGCCAAGUGCUCACAGUCGAAUCGCGCCGUCUGAACGAGCUGCUCGCCACUAUGAAAACCUUCUCGAGGCUCAACGCAAGAUUCAAGAAGAGCUUGACAAGGUCGAUGUCGACACACGCCGUGAAGUCGACGAAAACAUACGCCACGAGCAGUCUGUCACUCAGUUGUUCGCACAGAGCGAACCCACGACGCCUCCGGAAUAUCAAACCUUCGCGGCCAACUUUUCUCGACCAAAUCGAUACUCAGCGGCUAGCCUGACAUCUCCGCCUGGCAUUGCUACUCGUUCAAAUCGCGCCAGCGCGCACCUCGCCUCGCCGCCAAACGGAUCUGCUCGCGCCUACAACCAGAGUAACAACUCCAAUUUGCCAUCACAAUCUGUGCCUGGCUCGCGGCGGCAGUCGGACGGCGAGGACGACGACGACGACGAUUUCGUAUACGGUUACGACGACAUUUCUCGUCGAGCUGCAAACCCGAACCGCAACUCCAUGCCUAUCACUUCUUACGAUCACAAGCGCAACACUAUCGACUUGAGCCUUGGCCGCGCCAACGCCACUUCGUUUUUCUUCGACGAGACUGACAAGUCUAACAAGACCUCACCGCCAGAUAUCAAGACGUAUCUGCAAGUGCAGCACACAGCCGACGGCUUUCCCAAACUCAUCCGCCGCGAGGACAACAGCGACCUGUCGCUAUCCGCAGCCUCCGCAGCACUAGACCUCGCUUCAUCCACCUCGGACGCACAAAUGCAGCAGGGUACCGAACGUGCAAUGGCUACCCGUCACCGCAUUUCUUUGCCUCCAAGCGCUCUGGCUGGCAAUGUGGGCAUGGCUCCGUUGAACGGCAUCCUCGCCAAUGCCAACGAGAAUCGAUCAGCUGCAAGCAACCGUCGCUCCAUGGAGGUGAAGUUCACCGCUGAGACCAAGCGUCCGGCUCUUGCUUCACCGCCUCGUGGAUAUGCAAACGGGCCAAUGUCGUCUUAUUCGACAAACGACAUUCCCACCCUCAAGAGUAUCAACGGCGACACAUCUGACGGCGGAGUUGCACUUCUCUCCCCAGCCGCUCAAGUUGCCAACAUCGUUGCUGGUCACGCUUCUCCCGAGCAGAACGCCGGGAACCUCGCCCAGCUGUCGAUCAGCUCACCUCGUCAAAACCAGUACAACAACUUCCAACUCUCUACCCCAGCCAGAAACGGUGGCGAAGGCCAAGAGAACUUUGGUCUCUCUCAGUCAGCUCUCCAAGCUAACGCAGCUCCAUUCGGUCCCGUCUACGACAAUCAGGCUCCAGUAUUCGGCACUCCAAACAUGAUGCAAUACAGUCAGCAGCCUGCCUACUACGGUGGGUACGGCAUGCCAGCAAUGACCAAUGGCUUCAAUAAUCUCAACAUGCACAUGGCUGGUGGAGCCAAUGGCUUCAGCCCGCAAGCUCAAUGGUCUCCUUCGGGCCCAGCACAAUACACUCAGCCUCCUGCGUAUGGCGGCUAUCAGCAGUUCUCUCCAUCUGGGCCGUCCGGACAAGCAGUCGCUGGUGCUGGCCGCUUCGACAGUCCUCGAGCCAAUACUCAGCAACGCCGCCAGGCCGCCGAGGAGGCUCAGGCCAAGUUCAACUCGAUCAAGGUCGAGCAGCUGACGGGCGAGAUCUACACUCUGUGCAAGGAUCAGCAUGGCUGCCGUUUCCUGCAGCGCAAGCUGGAAGAGCGCAACGAGCAGACCGUUCAAGCCAUCUUCGAGGAGGUGCGCAACCACAUGAUCGAGCUGAUGGUGGAUCCAUUCGGCAACUACCUUUGCCAGAAGCUGCUGGAGAGUGCCAAUGACGAUCAACGCACUGAGCUCAUCAAGAACGCAAUGCCGCAAAUGACCAAGAUUGCGCUCAAUCAGCACGGCACUCGGGCCCUGCAGAAGAUGAUUGAAUUCAUUUCCACUCCUGAGCAGACGGCUUUGAUCAUCGAGGCUCUCCGCAACGAUGUCGUGCUCCUCAUUCAGGAUCUCAAUGGCAAUCACGUCAUCCAGAAGUGUCUCAACCACUUGUCAUCAAACGACGCCAUCUUCAUUUUCGACGCUGUUGGUGCCAACUGCAUCACAGUCGGCACCCACCGCCACGGCUGCUGCGUUCUGCAACGUUGCAUUGACCACGCCGACGGUCUUCAAAAGGGCGAGAUGGUCGACCACGUCAUUCGCAAUGCCUACUCUCUUGUACAGGAUCCUUUCGGCAACUACGUCGUGCAGUAUAUCCUCGACCUUUCCGAGCCAUGUUUCACUGAGCCUCUCUGCCGUGCCUUCUACGGCGAGAUCGCCAACCUUUCCCGCCAGAAAUUCAGCUCGAACGUCAUGGAGAAGUGCAUCCGCUGCGCCAGCAACGAGACUAAGCGCGCCAUCAUCAGCGAGAUCAUGGCUCCCCAGACCAUCGAAAAGAUGUUGCGCGAUGGCUUUGCCAACUACGUCGUGCAGACUGCCAUGGACUUUGCAGAUGAAGACCUCAAGCCAACGCUGGUUGAGAACAUUCGCAUGGUCAUUCCCGCCAUCCGCAACACUCCGCAUGGUCGCCGCAUUCAGAGCAAGAUCUCGGACUAUGACAACCGCAAGGGUUCCAAUGGUGCGCCCAUCGAUUCUAGCAAAGCGGCUCCACCUCCCGCCACCUUCAGUCCACAGCAAGGCCAGAAUGGUCGUGCGAACCGCCAAGGCAUGAUCGGUGCUCCAAUGAAUUGGAACGUCAAUGGUGGCUUCGAAGGUGCUGACUUCAACCCCAACGGCAUGAACGGCCACCAAAUUGCAUCGCCGCCGCCGCCGCAGCGCAAUGCCCACAACUUCAGCAUGCUGAACGGUGGUCAGAACUUUCAAGCUCACAACCAAGUCAACGGUCACCGUGACUAUCCAUCUAACGGCGGUGGUCACAACUACCAAGGCAACGGCUACGCCAACCAGGGCUUCGCAAACCAUGCUCGCCAGCAGCAACCAUACGGCCACUUCUAG